AUGCACAUGUUUUGUCCCGCUGUCUCUUUUGCCGUCAAGAGAAUCGUGAUAGGAGGAAGAAUAUUCUACAGGAGUAGAGGAAAAGACACGCAUACAAGUAUUUUUGUUACUCCCAAAACCUCCGUCCUCUCAAUUUCAAUCGCGGUACUCUUAAAACAUCCGAUUGCAAGCAAAGGAAGGAUUAGCUCACAUAAAUCCUUCCGGAAAUCAAAACGAGUGAUCUGUUACUUCAAAUUGUAUAAGGAACACGACCAGCGUGAAUACAAUCUCGUGGGCCCAGUAGAGCCUGCAGGCACAUAUGCUUCGCAGGGGACGACGAGCAUGCCCUAUUGUGGGAGCUUCCCACGGUUGCCGGGCCCAACGGGAUUGACUCGAUGCUGGUGUAGUCGGCGGGUGCUGAGAUUAAUCAACGACGAGCUGGCGCUGCUGUGGGUGUUGCCCACAGUUGUUGGCCCGUGCCGAGAUUAA